AAAAAGAUGAGGAAGUAAGCAGGUGAUAAGCUCUAAACAGCCAGAUCACUUCCGCUCGUCGCUCAUUUCUUAGAAUGGGGCCCCUCGUACUUCUCUUCUCUUUUUCUCUGCUGCAUUUAUGUGCUACACAAGUGACUCCUCGGUUUGUGCAGACAGGAACAGAUUUACUUCUGGAUGUGCAGGAACCUGUUGUUCUGAAGGAGACAGAUUUAUUUACAUGGAUUGUUGGCAGUGUUGCUGUUGUGAGACUAAAUCAUGGUGGUAAACCAACAAUUUUUCCAAAUUUUAAAUCUAGAGCAGAAUUGUCUGCACAAAAUCACUCUCUACUGUUAAAGAACGUACAAAAGAGGGACAGCGGAGUUUACAGAGCGCGUGUUUCUGGUGCGAGUAUUUCAGAUGUAGUUGAAUACAACGUCACAGUUCUGGAUCCAGUGUCUGGAGUGAAGCUGACAGUGAAACCCUGCAGCUCAAACUCCACUAACGUCACAGUGAUCUGCAGCACUGAGGACUCUCUCAUCAACAGCACGUUCACAUGUGACAACCAAACCUGCUCUCACAAGGGAGGAGAGCGAGCAGAGAUCAUCACACCUGGUGGUUCUCUGGACGUCUACCUGAAGAACGGCUCAGUCAUCUGUAACCAUAGCAACCAGGUCAGCUCUACAAGGGACAUCCAAAAGAUUGAAGACUUUUGUGUAAAGCCUGAAGUUUUGAACGGCGGCCCAAAUAAUGUUACACCGAUUGUUGUAGCCAUCAUCUUAUCUCUUGUUGUUGUUUUGGCUGUAAUUUGAAUUUAUCAUUGAAGGAGAAAACAAAGCUGUGAAUACAGACCUUCAUCUGAAGCAGAGACCAACAAAUGAUGCCCCAGCUGGUCCUCAACCCACCAUCUACUCCUUGUUGGGGCCUUCCAUCGACUCGGAAGCACCCACUCAGCCCAGAGACAACGCUCAGCCAGAGAGCCUGUAUGCAACGGUGGAAAAACCUCCAAAGUCCUGAAACAGUUCAAUAUGAUGUCUUCAACACACUUCUCUUGCAGGAAUGACCACUUUAGUUUAGUUUAGUUUAGUAGCAGUGAAGGACUUCUGACUGCGUCUUCUUUUUCUGUGCGUCGGUCGUGGACUAGCUACUUGAGUCAUGCAAUGAAGUUGAAAGACCCAACUACAGUCAGAUUGCUGAUUUUAUUAUGAAUUAUAACAACAAGCACCUUCUGACUGGCAUCAGAUAACCUAUGAACAAUUAACUUUUUUUAUUUUUUAUUAAAUCGUCCUUCCACUGCUUCCAAUAAUAAUUUCUUCCUGCUCCCUUAAUAAGGAGGCUUCUGAUUGUACAGUAAUCUUUGUAAUUACCAUCAUUAGUGUCAAUACUUACAAUGUUAAUAGUUAAUAUGUGAUGUGAAAUCUUGUGCCUGUUUACAUUGUGUGGGUGGAGUAGCAAUACAGAAUGAAUGUUCUGGUGGGUUGGACCUCCCUUGAAAACGAGAUGAAGCGGCUGAAGGCCCUGGACCCCCAUGGUCGACAGACGGGUGGGUGGUGCAGUGAGUUGAAUGCAGCGAGGUUGUGGAUGGCCUUGAAGGUGAGGAGCAGAAUUUUGAAGGUCAUGCGAUGUUUAACCAGGAGCCAAUGAAGCUGCAUAAAUUAUAUGUUUAUAGAGAUCAUUUAUGUCACAUGCUAUAUGGAGACACCUUUGCUGUUAACAAUCAGGUGACACAUACAAUAGAACUGUUUUGAUGUAGAUAUUUUAAUUUUUGAAAUUAAUUUACUGUAUAUAUUUCAAAUGUUACGUUCUAUUUUUUUUUACAUAGUUUUUUGCUAAUUUGUGUUUUUGCAAAUAUUUGAUCAUCUUGAUGCUUCUUAUCAAAUGUUCCUUUAAAGCUUAAUGUGAAUAAAGAUAAAAUAAAAUAAAAUAAAUCUCAUCCAGCUUUUUUUUAAAGCAAAUGUAUCACUCAACAUGAACCUUUACCAUGCAGAAUGUAAAAAGUAAGUUUGGCCUGACACUAUACCCCAUGUUGGCUUGUCCAUGAUGAUCUCCUCAGCUUGUGUAGCUCAUUUAAAGAAUGAAUGAAUAAGUUUACUGCUUCACACUGAACUUCAUGUCAGCAAAAAGAAACAAUAAAACAAGUGAAUUAACACCAAACACAUCGAACUCUCUCACCUAUUAGCCAUUAUCCAUCCAAUAUAUCGAUGCGUACAAUAUAUGUACAAUGCUUUUGUUAUUACUGUAGCUUCACAACAUAUUAUAGAGUGAGAGUUUAUUACUGAGGGUCCAAUAUGAUGCUUGGACAAAUACUGUGAAAUAUCAUUGAUUAAUAUUUUAUAAUAAUCAUUAUUAAUAUUGUAAAUAGGACAAACAACAUUACAAAUAUUGCAUUUUAUGUUCAUCCUGUAUCAUCCUCAAAAACCUUUUAACAUCAACUCUGAGCAAUGAAUUUAUUUACAAGAGGCCAAUGUAAACAAUUUAAUUUAAGAAAUAAAAUCAUUUUGCCCUGUGAUUAACUGGGAACAGUCCAGGGUUUACCCCGCCUCUCAGCUAAUGACAGCGGGGAUCGGCUCCAGCACUCCCACUCGCAACCCCGAAUAAUGGAUGGAGGGAAAUGAUAGCAUUUUAUGAUGGAUGAACUGUGUGUAUAGUAAAGAAACAAUGUGAUUGCUUUUUUUUUUUUUUUACAUUAAUUUUAUUGAUAAAAAAGGUAUUUAUAAUAUGUCUAUGAAGCUUUACAAAAGUGCUGAGUCACUUCUAUCCUAAUAAACUUUAAUAAGUCAAAGCAGAAUUGUACAGGUAUUUUUACUCUCUUCAUUAUUUGCAUCCAUGUUUGCUGAUAUUCUUCCUCUGCC